AUGGCAGCAGACGUUUAUAGUUUUGGUAUAAUUAUGACUGAAAUGUCUAUAGGAACACCACCUUAUUAUAAUAUUGAUUAUAAUCUAGAAUUGGCGUACAAAAUAUUAAGAAAUGGUUUGCGUCCAGAAUUUGGCAAGGAAUUUUUGUUUGGUUGGAAAGAUCCGAGCAGUUGCGCGAUAUUAUUUCGCAUAAUUUUUGUAACAAGGAACCUAAAAUUUUGA